CGACAGCUAAACAAACCGCUGUCGGCAUCGCCUUCCGCUGAAGCACAAUGAAAGUGUCACAGCGCCUCCAGCAUUCGUCACACCCGAAGCUAACCGCAUGGGGAUGUUGACCUUCCUGACGCGAACAUUUCGUCCGCGGCAAUCUGCGUAUACGGCGUCUCCGAUUAGCGAGAGCGUGGCGCUGGUAUCUACCAAGCCCAUGUACUCUUUACCAGCUAUCGUUACGCCUAUGUACGGAGCAGAAACGGGGACGGACCCCUGUACUCUGCAAGCUAAUGGGGCCAACGCUAACCCAUCCUCGGCAAAAUCUUGCGGCGAGGUACGAGACAUACACCCCAAGCUUUCACCUGUCGCCGACGACGGAUCAGGGCUAACCCCAACUCCCGCCGCCGGCUCUACUCGUUUUCCUGCGCUAAGCGAGAACUCCGCUGGCGGUGGGGAAAGUUGCGCUUGUAAUGGCACCUGGGCUGCGCGCGCCCGUGUUCCACCGGUGGCAUUCUGCUACUGUGGACUGCGUUUACAUGGAUACUAUGUCGACUAAACGGUCCAGUCGACUGAUCGUCAAAGUCGACUGGCGGCGGUUUACAUGCGGACGACUAAGGCGCCUAAGUGCUCGAUGGAAAUUCAAUCGACUGAUCUUCGACUGAAGCGCCACCCUCAUCUCUGACCCGUAACCUUAUAAUUAGGAUAUAUUGCAUACAAACUUCUUAUCGUAUAUGUUCUUUACAUCUGAAACACUUCUGCAGCCUUUCCGCGAGCCCUCAUUCGAUAAAUAGACUGCCGGCAUUACCAUUCUUUCGGUCGAACUGCGGAAACAUCUGGCAACAAGUACGGCAAGUUUUGGGAACACAACGCCCGCGGAUCUGCGAAAGCUAUGGACGAAGUUGUUUUGCUUUUCCUGCUGCUUGCACAGCAAAGCGAGUUUCUUAGCAUGAUCAGCUUGUUACUGAUUCGUCACGUCACAGCGAUGAUGGUUCUGGUGCACCAGCACAACCAAAUGGUGCAGCGCAUACUGUCUGCGACGCCCGACGAUACGGAGAUGACGCCAGGCUGGACACUCGGAGAAUGGGCAGCUCUGCACGACCUGCAAGUCAUAGGGCGUGCAAGACGGCGCAUAUGGAUGUGGACUCGCCCAGACGCUUGGUGGGAAAACCUUGUGGCCACUGGUAGCCCGUGCCAGUGGAAGGAGAGCUUCAGGAUUUCGAGGGCAACUUUUGUACGACUGGUUGCCCUUGUAAGGCCACACAUGUCUCCCGCUCCAAACUGGGUCAGGACGCCAGUGCCAACUGACAAGCAGGUUGCCAUAGCACUGUACAAGCUAGCCAGCUGUGGUGAAUCACGCUGUGCUGCAUCACUGUUUGGCGUACAUAAGUCAACUGUCCACAAUUGUGUCUACCUGUUUUGCUACACUUUGCGGAAGCAGUUUCUGAGCCAGUUCAUCCGCAUGCCUGACCAUGAUGAAGCAACUGUGAUUGCACAGCGCUUUCUGCUGAAGUGUGGCAUACCGCAGGUGAUCGGUGCAGUUGACGGUACCCACAUUCCUGUUCUCCCUCCAUCGGUGGGCUAUCGGGACUAUGUCAACAGGAAGGGGUGGCCGUCCCUAGUAUUACAAGCUGUUGUGGAUGACAGAAUGAGGUUCCGCAACAUCUAUUGUGCACUACCAGGGUCCGCUCAUGAUGCCUCUGUGCUGAAGUCCUCAAGGCUGUACACAGACAACAGUCAACUUAUUCCACAAGUGCACAGAGAUGUCAGAGGAACUCUGGUUCCAUACGUGAUACUUGGGGACCCGGCAUACCCCUUGUUGCCCUGGCUAAUAAAGCCGUUUCCCCAGAGUCGAAGGCUGACGGCAGAGCAGGAACUGUUCAACGAGCGCCUGAGUGCAGGCAGGGUUAUUGUAGAACAUGCCUUUGGACGGCUGAAGAGCAGGUGGCGCUGCGUUAUGAAGCGCACAGACAUCAACUACAAGUUUGUACCAACACUUGUAGUAGCAGUCAGUGUGCUGCAUAACAUUUGUGAGGACAGCAACGAGGGCAUCAACCCAAGCUGGGUUGCAGACAUGCAGGACUUAGAACGCACCUUCCCUCAGCCAACACGCCAGUCCCAGGCAGAUGGAGGCAAUGCAGCCGUGCAGGAUGCCCUGUGUGCCUACACAGCAGCCCAUCUGCUUUAAGGAGCUCGCAUUGACGCCUGUGUGCCUCCUCCGUUCGCAGUGCUGCUGCUCUUUCCGCUCUUUCUGCUGAGGACUUCAUUAUCCUCUCUAGACCAUCCAGGAAGGUGUCUUUCCUGCUGCGCUUCCUGGGACGCUCCUGCAGUUGAGGACGGCCUCAAGACGACAGCAAACGUUAUGUAAUGCAGAAGCAGUAUGCAACAUUUUUCAUGAUGAACUGUGAAACACAAAGCGUCAGAUGCCUUACCGUCACCAGUAGGCGAUGUCGUCAUGUUGGCUUCCUCUUCGAAGUCAUCUUCCACAUUUGUGGCACCAGCAGAAAAUUCUGCACUCGUGUUUGGCUCUGAGGUGAAAAAUUAAACAUUUCAUACCAUGGCUUCCAUGUUCCUCCAUUUACUGUAACAGCACAACUCUGCAGGAAAUGUAAAAUCAAAAUAUCAAGAACUUAAUUCACCUAGC